UAUUUACCUCAAGAUUUUCAGGGGGUAUGUCUAGAGAUAGCAUCAGGUACUGGUCAACAUGUCAUUCAUUUUGCUCAGUAUUUCCAGCAAGCCACAUUUCAACCUAGUGAUAUUGAUCAAGCUAAUAUAAAAAGUAUAUCAGCAUAUACAGCACAUCAUGGUCUGUCUAAUGUGAAACCACCUAUAACCAUAGACAUCGCAACUCCUGUAACCAGUUGGUCAGAGAAAAUAAGCCCCGCCUCCUGUGAUGUCAUAUAUAAUGCUAACAUGGUUCAUAUAUCACCUUGGGAAACAGCUAUAGGUUUAUUUGAAACAGCAGGCAUAUUGUUGAAACCAAAUGGGAUUUUAAUAACAUAUGG